AUGGUUUAUGGAUGCAAAUGGUUCGAUGAUCGCAAAGAGUUCAAUGGUCGCAAAGGGUGCAAAGGAGGUGCAAAGGAGAUGUCAAGGAAAAAGGGGGUAGCAAGAACAAUGCAAAGAUUAAUAAAAUUAUUGUGA